CAUAAGAUUAUUGGUAAUUUCUAAAUUUACAAAUGGCGACACUGUUUGUUAUUAUUGAUGUUUUGAGUCAAAGAUGUGACUAUUCAUUUAACCCUAGUGUUAGUCUAUAUCCAGAUUUAGUAUAGAAUCAGACCUAGUUGACAGAUUAAAAUUAAAGUUUAUACAGGACACUGUUUUCCACAAGUUGAACUUGAUAAAUAGUUAUCAGCUCAAUAGUUAGUCCUAUAUUUUUCGAUCAUGCCUGAAACCAAUACCAGUACCAAAGGCAUGCAAAUUGUUGAGCUCCAAGAACAGUCUGAGCCUCUCAUGCCAGCUAACCCUCUCCCAGGAGUGGCAGGAAAUACUGGAAAGAGGAAAGUGUCCAUCAAUGAAAAGUGCCUUGAAAGCAAUGAUCCUGCACCUGAAAGCUCCACUGGUGCCAUCAAUUUAGCAAAACCAGUAACUUCACAAACCCCAUCUCCAUCCCACACAAAUGAACUGCUAGCAGGUGGAAUGCCUAAGAACAGAAAGCGACCAGGCUCAACAAGUGAUGGUCAGCGGGUUACUAUGAUUGGUACUGUGACCAGAGGAAAUGGUGUUGGCCAGCCUGUAGAGGUUCAAAUUGAACUGACUGAAAAUGAAUUCAUGCGUCUGACCUCUCGGGAAAAGGAAUUGAAAAAAGGAAGAAAGAGAGAAUGCAAUCAAAAAGAGGGCCUUCACAUUGUUCUCUGGGGCGUUCUCUGUAUGCCUGUUGCCCUUGUGCUCUCCUUGUGCAUGUCAUUUUACAAUGGUGCCAUGACCUGGUACAACUUGAUCAUCUUUUUCAGCGAAGAGAAAUCCAUUGCCUACAGGGUGACUGUCUCCCCAUUGAUCAUACUUUCUUUCCCCCUGACUGUAGGACUGUCUUCAUUGUGCAUAGCUGUUAUUGCCUCCGUUUUGCAGAUCUCAUGGUCCUGGCUUAGGUGGCAGACUGAAAUAUUGGACGGAGAGAAAGGUUUCUACGGCUGGUUCUGCAGUAAAGUGGGACUUCCAAAGUGUUCGCCUUAUGAGGUUGUGGUGUUAGAUGAAACAAACUCUUAACAGUACACUGUGUGGCAGCUUCUUCAAACAUGUACUAUUAUUUUAAGACAAUUACAUAAUUAAUUGCAGUGCAGCUAAGCAAAAGCAAUUUAUGCAAAAUCUAUGAAACCUAAUACACAUUUAACAAGCAGACUUUUAAAGUCAGUUGUUUUUUUAAAUAAUUUUUCCAUAAAUUAUUUAAUUAUCACAUUUUUAUAAACAUUGCAUGUUUGCAAAAUAUUUUUAAAUAUCGUUUUUAAGCUCUUGGACUUGCCAGCUUUUGCAUACCUUGUAUAAAAACAUUUUUAAUAUUGAGUAGAUAAGGUAUGUAGUAAUUACAGCGUGUAUACUAAUUCUAAUGCUAUAACAUCAGGGUUUCCUUUUAAAUAUAAUUUUUUUAAACUUGUAAUUACUAUGACAAUGUUACACAAGAUCUUUUAUCUCUGUAGAUAUGUAUGAGAUCUUGGUUGUAAUAAUGAAAACAAAGCAAAGAAGUCUUACAUAUUAAAUUGUUUGUCAACUUGGUAUUAGAUUAGAGACUUGUACUUUGAACUUUAAGAAUUGUAAAAUUACCAUAUUAACAUAAAGCUUUUUCAAAUUUAGGUCACAAGUUUCUUUAUGCCCUAUUUAAAUGCAGAGGGCGUGAUGCCUGAGUAGUAACCUCGUUAACCAUAGGCCACAGAAAUUGAUGACUUUUACAUCAUCUGCCAAAUAGACCGCAAGGUUUGAUAGUGGUACUUUACUUGCUUACUAUUUAAAUGCAUGCUUUAAUGUUAGAAAAUGUGUUAAAAGUUGUGUAAAAAAAGAUGGUAUUCUAGAAACUCACAUCACAAGACAUAGUAAGGCUAAGCCUAAAAUAUCAGAAUUAAAAAAAAAUUGGGGGAUCUUUAUUAGCCUUAGUCAUUAUUAAAAUAUCUUCAAUAAGUGUGUUUCGUUGGAAUAUAAUUUGUAUAAAUUAAAAAAUUCUAUCAUGAAAAGCUUCUAGAAUUUCUUUUUUGACGGCUUAAUUUUGUUAAAUAAUGAAUAUUGCAUUUAAAUUAUUCGAAGCUUUGAAAUGAAAAUGCCUUACAUCAUUUCAUUAACAUAAAUCAAUUGAAAAUGUACAUGUUUUUUUUUAUAGAAAAUAGUAUGAAAUUAACUUUCUAAAUGUUGUGAAUGCAUUAUAUAUGUAUAUGGCUCUCGUUGAUAUUAUUCAUGAUUCAGGCCUAAUAUAUUGGUAUAGAGAGAGGAAGAGGUUGACCCUACUGUUAAGGUUUUUGAAUAAACAAAUAAAAAGUUUCUAAGUUGGUCUCCUGAUACACCACUAGCCUGACAAUUUCGGCAUUGAUCAUUGUGCCAAUCUCAUUUUAAUUAAUGACGUUUUAUUUUUCCAUUUUAAGGACUACUGAGACAAAUUUGGGACCUAAAUGUAAGAGUGAGAACUUUAUGCUCUAGGCUUGUCUCAUACAGUGUUCAUUCCUAUGUUCUCCACAAUAUAUUUAAAAAAAAAUGUUUUUACCUAUUCUACUUUUUUUUUAAUUUCAAUUCUAAAUAGAUGUGAUUUAAUUUAUCUUUGGUUGUAAGCCAUUUUUUAUUGUGUCAUUUGGAAAAAAAAAGUUUAAUUGUUUUUGUAAACUUGUUUCUAGCUACUAAGAAUGAUUGUUAAAAUUAGUGUUUAAGAAGAACCAAGAUUAGUCUCCCUUUAUUUUUUGUGUCCAGACUAGACAUUUUUAUUUUAUUAUCGAUAAUAACAUUCCAUCACUUGAUGCUGUUUUUAUUGUCUGACAUCAUUUGCUAUUAAGAUGAAUUUUUGUUUAAUGCAUUACAUUGUAAAUACAUUCUUAUGAUACAGUCAUUGUGGACAACAUUACUCUUUCUUUGACCUAAGAGCUCUUCGAUUUUUAUUUUUUGUUUGCUAGGUUAGCCUACAGCACAUGCUUGCCUGAGGGUUAUAAGGGCAUUAUUAGGCAGAUCUGAAGUCUGUUUUAAAGAUGUUGGUCAUUUUGCUGGCCACAUGACAACCUUAUUGUUGGUCAGCCAUAACAGCGGAUGAAUAUCAAUUUCAUUUCUCAUCUGUCUACAUGAGAUGAACUCCAUUGAAAAAUCAGAGCAGGAAGGACUCAAUCCUCCUGUAGUGCUCUGGCAAGAAACUUGGCCAUUCGGCGUAAAGCAUCCUAGCUACCAUACAAGUCAAGUCACUGUUCAGACACAUCCCUUGUUAGCUCUCGGAGCUGGUGACACUCAUUCAAAAUAUAUGACAAUGUUUCGAUGCUCUCUCCAUAGUGACGUCAUAGUUCGGACGGAACUGGGCAAAGUAUGCCCCAACAGGACAAUGUUCCAUCCUACAUUUUGCAAUUGUUGCUUGUUCUGACCUCCUAACUGCCAACACGGAUCGUCACGAUCUGGGUGACGCAUACGCUGCUAGACACCACGUGCUCUGUCGUAUUCCUCCCAGGGCAUUAACCACUUCUCAUGAAUGAGUGCUCGGAUUUCUGCCGUUGCUUGUAAAGUUUGAAUGUUAGUAAACCUUGAAGUUUAAAUUUAGAAUGUUUAAACAUCACCAAGUGAACCAAGCUGUUGGCCAGUGUCAUGAAAUCAUUGUGAUCAUCGACCUCAUUGAAUAUCCCAGCCCCAUAAACACAUUAGAAAACUGCUCAGUUCAGUCUCUCAGUUAAAAGUUUUAUUUCAAAAUAGUUUACCCUUAAUAGAAAGUGUAUACAAACUGAUAUUUGUGACUUCCACAAUAAACCCAUUGAGCUACCACACAGAUAUCAUUGUAUACUAAUUUGAUUUCUUGGCUACAACAGAUCUUGCUCAUUUGUUGUUGUUUUUUUAAUGCUUUGACUCAAGCUGAAACUGCUGGCCUGGUUAAGCUAAUCUUGGUACCUUAUCAAAGUCUAUAGUUCCAUUUAGUUGAAAAUAUCUUGAUUGGGCUUUUAAGCACAUGGCUAGCGUAGCUAGAAUUCUAGCUAAGACCUAGUUAUCAAUGUAGAUCAUUUUCAAAAUAUGUAUUACACCUGUCUUUCAUUUGUUUUAGGUUUUAAGUUUUUCUUAUUGGGAUGGGUUUUUUUUUUGUUUUAUUUAUAACAAAGAAACAUUUUUUUUUUUACUUUGUGAUAUUUGUAUGUAAGCACAUGAAAUGUUGAAUUACUUUAUUAUACUGCAAGGAGUUUUUAUUAUUGGCUUUACAGGUUUCAUCUAUUAGAACAUUGCAGUGGUUUUAUUGCAAUCAUUGUUUUAUUUUGAAAUAGUUUAUCUUUUUUCUUUAUUGGUACUGCUAGAUUUGUUUCGUUUUUUGUAAGUGGCACAUCUGUUUAUGUUAUUUGUUUAAGGAAGUUUCAUUCCAUACACAGAAUUGACUUUUAAUUAUUUAUACAAGGCAACUAAGAAGAACACAAAAAUAUUACACUGGUGGUAGAAAGUAUUCAGUGCACACCCAGCCUUUUACAAACUCUGCAACCUAUUCUUAGUUUGUUACCAUGCACUGCCACUUAUUAUGACUUUUUUUUUGUUAUUUCCUGGAUAAUUGAAUCCAGUUAUGUUUAGUUCUAGUCAAGUCAUCAACGACUUUACUACAAUCUACACAUCCCCACCUUUUGUUUACACAAACCAGUGAAAGUUAUUUCUCUGUUAUUACAGUAUUACACAUUAAGUAGAUUUUUACGUGAAUUUCAUGACAUGCAACAAUAUACAUUUGUAUUUUCCUGCAGGCUUCUAAUAAUGUCUUAUUAUUUAAACCUAUUAAUUAGCUUAUAAGCUUAGGUUUUAUAUUUUUUUUAACCUGUAUGUUUAUAGUAGCUCAUAACCCUUAGUGAGAUUAAAGAAAAACAUACAAUCCAAAAAAUGGCCAACUCCUCUUCCACCGAAGCAAAAGCCACCUUAACCUGUGCUAUCUGUGGACGUGAGUGUCUCUCCAAAAUAGGGCUCCACAGCCACAUGAGUAAGUGUGCUCUGAGAUGAACCAUAGUCGUUCUACGACUGAAGGAGGCCAAUGGGGGAUAACCCUUAGUGUAUAUGUCUGUUAAUUGAUAUUUUGUUAGCCAUUGUGUGAAAUUUCUAUUUUAAAAAUACCUCUAUUCAAGUCAGAACUUCAUGGAGGAUUAGUGGGCAGAGGGUGAAACCUAGACGGCUUUAACAGUUUUCCUAAAAAUUUGAUAUUAGAUGUUUAUAGCUGAGAAAAUAAUUACUAGCUCAUUGGCCACGCAGGGAUAAUUCUAGUUUAAAUUUAAAUUGGGCUAUAAAAUCGAGUAAAAAAAACAUGGAACAGUCAGCUGUAGUGUACCAAUAACUGAGUUGUUUAUUAAAUUUAAAGUUGAUAGAUUAUAUAAGCUUUGCUUAUAUUUUUAAGUGAAUCUAAUGUAAUUGUCACAAUACUCUUGUUGUUGAAAGUGCUAAUUCUUUGAUGGUGCUAAUGUUGUAGAUCUUUUCUUGAGAUGUCAGAUGUUACAAGAAGUUACUGUGACAUGCCAAGGAUUCUGUAAAUAUAUCUCUAGAUCUAAAUAUGUUUUAGAGAUUCAAUAAAUGAAGAUCCUUUUUAAAUCAAAAACAGAACUUUAAUUCAGAACUUGGAAUCACAAAAUAUAUAUAGUAUGUACAGAAAUAAAACUGUAUCAGGUGAAUAACUUCUUACAAAGCUCAAUAAUAAAAUAUAUUCAGAUUAAUACUAGAUCUAAUAAAAUACAAAACUUGUCACUGCAAGUUACAACUCAAAACUAAAACACAUCUUAUCGCUAUGAAAUUUUCUCCACAACUGAAAACUCUUGAUCCCGCGUUUCCUUAGCCCCCUCCCCUAGACGCUUGCCUUUAACCAAUCAAAUUACUCCGUGCUAGCUGUCAAGUCACUGGAUGUGAUGACGUCUUGGGAAAUUUUGACACUUGCAAGUGCGGUAUUUCCGUACUGGGCAUAGAUAUGUUAAGUUUAUUUUAAACUAGACUUUGGUUUAUAAAUUGAUUGGGGACAGUAGUUUACAUCUAGAUCUAGAAGUAGAGCUAAAGUAUAAUUCUAGAUGUGCAAAUAAGGAAAGUACCAAUAACAAUUAUUCAAAGUAGCUCUGACCUAAUGGAUAGAGAUGUAGGUACAUCAGGCUGACAAUGCCAAGGUGCUAACUUAAUACCUGGUUUGACUUUUAACAAAUUCACUUUUUUAAUAUUUAAUUUUUUUUUGAAGUUGUAUAAUGGAAGUAAAGUCUUUUAAAAAAAAAAUAUAUUUUAAUGUUUUUCUUGGUAUAUGUUAUGAUGAUGUAAAAUUAAACUUUUUUUUUGGUCCCAUUUUAUGUAUACACUAUAGACAAUAUUUAUAUUCAUGUGUUCAUUAUAUCCAGUUUUUACUACUUUCUCUAUUAACUACGGAUGGUUCUUUUGUUCUUUCUUUUUUCACUUAUUUUUUUUAAGUUAUGAAAAAGCAGAAAAAAGGGAAUAGAUAAAGAACCUAUUGUACUAAUAUUUAACAAAAUUAUUCUUUUAACACCAUUGUCUUGAUCCUGGUAGACCAAGUCUGAUUUUGGGAGAAGGAGUUAUUAAGUGUGAAUAAUUGUACUAACUAUAAAAUUGCUUUGCAUUUUUUUUUGCCGUUUCUUUUUGGAUAAGUUCAUUUUUUUUUCUAUUCUUUAAAGGUAUUAGCAGAAAGCUAUAAAGUUGUUUUUGUGUAUUACAUCUUAUUUCUUUUGAAACAGUUUCAGUGUGUUUAUUUAGUUUAUUGUGCUAAGAAUUUGUUAUGUAUGUUUACUGUGCUAAUCAUUUGUGAUGUUUGUUUGCUGCACUAAGUAUUUGUUAUGUAUGUUCUUAUGAAAAUAUCCUUUACAAUCACUUCUUGGUGUAUUAAUUAUUGUUGACAAAAAAUCUGACCUGAAUGUUAUAUAGAAUGUAUAUGAAAAUUGUCUGUUGUGUUUCAUAUUGUAUUGUCUAUUAGUAAUGAAGACCAUACACUGUUAUAGUGUCAGAAUGGUAACAUAUUGAUUGAUGCUAAAUGUGUAUCAUCAUAUAUUUCAAUUUGAGAGGAAAACAAAAUGCUCUCUAAAAGUUGUUCACUUCUGUAAAUUUUUUUUUUUUUAUAUUACACUAAGAAAACUUGUAUACAUGUUUCAGUUUGUUUCAAUCUAUAUUUAAACUAAAUAAGGGUAUAUGCUUGUUAAUUCAUCAAGGAAAAUUGUGUCAACUUUAAUUUAAAAGAAAAAAAAAAAUGUCAUAGAAUAAAAACUUACAAUAUUUAUUUAAAGAAUAAAAGAAAAGCAU